UCCAGAUUGGGAUUCCCCAUUUUUUCAGCAGAUCUAGUUUCCUGGCUGGGUCAAGUGAUCUUCUUAUUGGAUCAAAACUGCUUAAAAUCAGGAGGAGCUUGAAGAAUAUGCCUGCCUUAGAAAUACUGAGAUAUCUGCAGGGUUUCAGUUGGACUCAGGCGCUACCCUACCUUAUCAUUCUCUUCAUCUCGUGGCUGGUUUAUGCCCUGAUCAUCAAGCCACUGUCCCAUCCUUUAGUAAGACAGCUACGAGGGCCGAGAUUUGUUCCAAUUUUGGGAAACGUGAGAGAGAUCAUUCAAAAUGACACAAUUUCUAAUGGUGUUAGAUGGGCAAAGGAGUAUGGCCACAUGUUGCGAUAUUUCUUCUUCUUUGGAACAGUCCGACUGAUGUUAUUUAGCCCUGAUGCCUUCAAGCACAUCUUGGUCACCAACAGUAAAAAUUACGGCAAAAAUAAAUAUGCUAUGAGGUUAGUACGCCGCUUUCUGGGGAACGGUUUGGUGACAUCAGAGGGAAGUGUCCACACUGCGCAUAGGAAGUUAGCUAACCCAGCAUUUGGAACUUCUGCUAUAAAAAAAAUGCUCCCAAAAUUUUCAAAGAAAGCUGUUGAGCUGUGUAAUUUCUGGGACGAUCAGCUGAGGAACUGUGAUAAUGAAGAAUGUAAGAUGAAGUUCAACAUCUCUGAGGAUAUAAUGAGAGCAACGCUGGAUGUGAUUGGCGAAUGUACCAUGAGUUAUGAUUUCAACUCUCUCCGCUUUCCUGAUCAUGAAAUAUCCAGGGCAUUCCGUGGCGCUGUAAGCUGUCUUAGUAUUGGGUUUGACAUCUUUCUUCCAAAAUGGCACUUGUGGCCAACGAAGAGAAACCGUACGAUCAACAACUACGUGAAGAUCAUCGAUGGCGUGGUGAAGACUAUCAUUCGAGAGAAGGAAGAGAAAUUUGCUGCUGCUGAUAAAGAUGAACACGAUUCCUUGCAGAAGGAUCUUCUGGCAAUGAUGAUGUCGGCCCGAGAUGAUGGCAGCGGGCGAGGUCUGUCUGAUGAAGAACUCAAGGACCACGUCAUCACAUUUGUAACAGCCGGACACGAGACCACUAGCCACGGACUUACCUGGUUGUUCCUACACCUUGCUCAAAAUCUGGAAAUUCAAGAAAAGUUACGUGAAGAAGUUGUGGCAAAUUUGCCAGAUGAUGUAAAUGAUAUCUCCAUGGAAACCAUUGAGAAGAUGGAGUAUCUAAAUGCCGUUGUCAAGGAAACGCUAAGACUAACCCCACCUGUAGCGAUGGUAUUCCGUGAAACGAUUGAGGAUGAUGUAAUUUGUGGCCACCGUGUCCCGGCUGGGACUACUUGUCAUUUAGCUAUAGCUUCACUUAUGAGGCUUUCACCCCCAGUUCCAGUUGUUCUCCGCUCAUGUAACAGCGACGAUAACAUCUGCGGCCAAGACGUGCCUGCUGGGACAAAUAUUAUCUUACAUUUGGGGGCCAUGAUGAGAUUGCCCGAAUAUUGGGAUGAUCCUGAGACCUUCAAACCAGAACGUUUCAUCAACAACGACAACAUCAACCCAUAUUCCUGGGUUCCGUUCGUCCUCGGCAACCGGAUGUGUAUCGGCUACCGAUUUGCACUACUCGAGAUGAAGGUCAUGAUUGCGCUACUCAUGAAGCGAUUUAAAUUUUCCUGGGUACCAGGUUUCACGUACCGUACUAAGCUGGCGAUCACAAUGCGACCUGACCCUCCAUUAGAGUUAUUCGUUGAGCCAGCGUAGCUCUGCUAUUAGAAACUUAUUAGCUUAAGGAAUUGAACCCUCGGCUUCGGACCUUGGUUGAGUUACCAAGACACUCUCGGGUGGAGCUAAAAUACAGUCCAAACCCGAGCCUGUCGGCGAGGGUUUGGACGAAAUUUUAGCUCCACCCGAGAGUGUCUUGGUAACUCAACCAAGGUCCGAAGCCGAGGGUUCAAUUUCUAUUCUAAAAUACCUCAAACUUAAAAAGAUAGGCCACGAAAAUAACUUGAAUAUGUGCGAAUUUGGCAAAUUCCAUCCAUCGCCGGCCCGGCCGGAGCGCCGGUAGCGCCAUUGUUUACAUUAUGUUACGGCAACGUUACAGAAAAUGAGACAUGUACAUUUUGUACAGCGCGCAAAGGAAGUCCGCAUCGGCUCGCUCAAGUGAUGCUAAAAUCUGCGCAAAUGGGCUAUUUGGAGCGUUUUUCUCGGCAAAUAUGUGUAGUGCUCAUUAAAAAACUUAGGGUGGUUGAUGCUUCCUUGACUGAUUUGUGUUUGAAGCAGUGUUUUGAGCGCCUCAAACUUCUGAAGUGAACUAAAUUCCAUUGACGUGACGUGUGCAUGGUUUCCACAUUUUAGUGCAACCCGAGGGAACUUUGGUAGAGCAUCUUGGUUGCGUGUCCAAAACACUCCACUCUCAGAACGAGGCUUAUGCAUUUUCCAUUUAAAAGUUGACUUUACGGUACCAAGGUAUUUUAGAAUGGUAGCUCAUCUAGUGCCAUUCAACAUGAUAACAUACCAAUAACAUGACAUUCCAAUUUUGUGUUAUACAUGACUAACUCCGAUCACAGCUCAACAGUAUCUUAAAGUGACUUUUUAUAUAUUUUUACGUUUUGUACUGCUGCAAGUUAUAACCAACGGUAUCCACAGGUGAAUCCAUACAAGUGACUGAGUACAAGAAGGUUGUACUCAGUCACAUGUACUCAGUCACUUGUGUGGAUUCACCUGAGGAGGGUAGUAUGUAACUACCAAAAACGUUUGGGAUGUAUAUGUAUAUAUGUUGAGUGAAAUUAUAGAUAUGAUGUUUUUCAUAUUAUGGAUUCGCUCUUUUCUGUGGUAUAUUGAAUGUAUUGUUUAGACAUGUGUUUAAUGACUCUUUGUUGAAUGUCCAGAAUGUAUCUAAAUCGAGCAGCUGACUAAACUAAAACAAAUAUAAAUUUACUAAAUAUUUAUAUUUACAUUUGUAAAUACUGCAGUAUCUUUUUAUGAAAUUCAUUGAGAGCAAUACAAAGAAUAACUAGAUUUAUUUCAGAGUUUAAGAAAUUUCUUUUUUUUCAUUUUAAGGGAUUGUGUAAAUAGCGUCUUAAAAUUUCUGAAAAACUUCCGAAAUUAGUGGGGAGGAGCACUAUUUCUUAUAUUCUCACAAAAGUCGUGAAAUUUUCAAAUAUCGUAUCUGUUGCAUUUAAAUCGGGAUUUUGAUCACUCUCAGCUCUGUUAAGAACAGUCAGACAUGUUCCUCCUUGUAGUCUUAUUACCCCUCAGCCCAUAAAGGCUAGAGGGGUAUUGUCGAGGCGUUCGCCGUCCGUCUGUCCGUCUGUCGGGCCGUUGAUCUCGUUUCCGGAGCAUAUUUCCGUAACCAUAAAUGCUGGCCAUUUCAUCUCUGGGUGGUUUGAAGGUCUUAUGGUACCAUUGUGCCUUUUGGUAGUUUUGACGGUUUUCGACCUACACUUGGCCCCAGGGGGCGCUUCAUGCAAAAAACUACUUUUGGCUAUAUCUCAUGAAUUAUGCUAGCUAGAAUCAUGAUAUUUUUACUGAGGACAGUACUCAUGAGACUACAUCACAUGAUACCCGGGUUUUUGAUUUGACCUACUUUUCAAGGUCACAGGGGUCAAGUAGCGUAAAUUGACCAUCAGUGGU